CAAUCCGGUCGUCGGCGACGCUACGACGGCCUGUCAUCGGUAGGCAAUGCAACGCGCUGUGCAGCAACGGGUUGGACCUGGCCUAAGAUGGGUAGCGUGCUAUUCGCAGCUGUAUUCAUAGCAUUACACUUUGCCACCGGCGGCCUGGCCAACCCAGAUGCAAAGCGACUCUACGACGACCUGCUGAGCAACUACAAUCGCCUCAUCCGACCCGUGGGCAACAACUCGGACCGCCUCACCGUCAAGAUGGGUCUGCGCCUCUCCCAGCUGAUCGAUGUGAAUCUGAAAAAUCAAAUUAUGACAACAAAUGUCUGGGUGGAACAGGAAUGGAACGACUAUAAAUUGAAAUGGAAUCCGGAUGACUAUGGCGGCGUGGACACGUUGCACGUUCCCUCCGAGCAUAUAUGGCUGCCGGAUAUUGUGCUCUAUAACAACGCCGAUGGCAACUAUGAAGUGACAAUAAUGACAAAAGCAAUUCUUCAUCACACGGGCAAGGUGGUGUGGAAACCGCCCGCCAUUUACAAAUCCUUUUGCGAAAUUGAUGUCGAGUACUUUCCCUUCGACGAGCAGACAUGUUUCAUGAAGUUCGGCUCCUGGACCUACGAUGGCUACAUGGUCGACUUGCGGCACUUGAAGCAGACCGCCGACUCGGACAACAUCGAGGUGGGCAUCGACCUGCAGGACUACUACAUCUCCGUGGAGUGGGACAUCAUGCGGGUGCCGGCGGUGCGGAACGAGAAGUUUUACAGCUGCUGCGAGGAGCCGUAUCUGGACAUAGUGUUCAACCUGACGCUCCGCCGGAAGACGCUCUUCUACACGGUCAACCUGAUCAUCCCCUGCGUGGGCAUCUCGUUCCUGUCCGUUCUGGUCUUCUACCUGCCCAGCGACUCUGGCGAGAAGAUCUCGCUCUGCAUCAGCAUCCUGCUCUCGCUGACCGUGUUCUUCCUCCUGCUGGCCGAGAUCAUUCCGCCCACCUCGCUGACGGUGCCGCUGCUGGGAAAGUAUCUGCUCUUCACCAUGAUGCUGGUCACGCUAUCCGUCGUGGUCACCAUCGCCGUGCUCAAUGUGAACUUUAGAUCCCCUGUCACGCAUCGCAUGGCGCCGUGGGUGCAGCGCCUCUUCAUCCAGAUCCUGCCCAAGCUGCUCUGCAUCGAGCGGCCCAAGAAGGAGGAGCCCGAGGAGGAUCAGCCGCCCGAGGUGCUCACCGAUGUCUAUCACCUGCCGCCGGAUGUGGACAAGUUUGUCAACUACGAUUCGAAGCGUUUCAGCGGCGACUACGGCAUUCCAGCACUACCCGCUUCGCAUCGCUUCGACUUGGCCGCCGCGGGCGGGAUUAGCGCCCACUGUUUUGCGGAACCGCCGCUCCCCUCCUCACUGCCACUCCCGGGCGCCGACGACGACCUGUUCAGCCCGUCGGGCCUCAACGGAGACAUCAGUCCCGGCUGCUGUCCGGCCGCUGCAGCCGCCGCUGCCGCUGCCGCCGCCGCCGCCGCCGCCGAUCUCAGUCCCACGUUCGAGAAGCCCUACGCCCGCGAAAUGGAGAAGACCAUCGAGGGAUCCCGCUUCAUCGCGCAGCACGUGAAGAACAAGGAUAAGUUUGAGAGUGUGGAAGAGGACUGGAAGUACGUUGCCAUGGUAUUGGAUCGUAUGUUUCUGUGGAUCUUCGCGAUCGCUUGCGUGGUCGGAACAGCGCUGAUUAUCCUGCAGGCGCCCAGCUUGUACGACCAAUCGCAGCCGAUCGAUAUACUCUACUCGAAGAUUGCCAAAAAGAAGUUCGAGCUGCUCAAGAUGGGCAGCGAGAACACCUUAUAG